AAAGGGCGUGUAGAGUGUUCACUCUGCACACGAGGGUCCUUGGUUUGAUUUUCCCCUCCCCAAAUUCACUAUAUAUAUUAGAUGAAAAAAUAAUAACCAACACUUAUUUAUUGUUCCAAAUGCAGGAAGAUACUCGGCCACCAGAAAAUGGGGACUAUUUUGAGCGGGCAAGGGAUCUUUUGCUUGCAAAUUCCCUUAGUAAUAAUGAUCACAAUGCGUUUCCACCUGAAUUUUCAGCUAAUGACCAGGAGUUCCUAAGAACGCUUAUUGUUGAACCACAAUUUAGAGUAACCAGUGACACAGACAGGGAACCAGCCCAUCACCGGGUCCAGAGUUUACAAAUGCGUUGUGAACCACAAAUACUUUAUAAACUACAAUGUGGUUCGAGCCAGUCCAGACGAGAUACAGAUGUUAUACUUCAUAACCAGUUAUCCAGACAGGCUUCUUCCUCUGUCAAUGUAGCAUCCAAACCCCAGACUGAAGUUCAAUUACAGUCUGGUACAUAUCAAAGAGAACAAAGACCACAACAGCAAUCAGGUCCCAUCAAUGUCUUUAGGGAUACUUUUGCUGACGAAUAUUAUGUUAGGGAGAUACUUCUUAUUCUAUUAGGAUUUUUAUUUAUUUCCAUUUGUAUAGAUAUUAUGUAA